AUGUGCCCUACUCAGGAAAGAGAAAUACAAAUGAAAAUUAUAAUAGAGACUAUAACUCACCUCCAAAAAGACAAUGUGUCAGAGACAGAUCCCCAUCCUUCUCCAGUAUCUCAUCCAGAUCAAGUAGUACUAGUAGUAGUUCCUCCAGCAGCAGUUCCUCCUGUGAAUCGGAGAUGGAUGAACUCUGUGGUGUAUAUAAACAUGAAAAGUGAACCAGAACAACAAAUAGACAACAGACAACAAGAAAGAGAAUUCCUAAAAAAGAGAUUAGCAGAGGAGAGGAGAAAAAUUUUAACUGAAGAUAAGAAAAAAGAAGAAGAAAGACUUGAAAGAAUAAGGAUAGAAAAGGAAGUAAGGGAUACCGAGAAAAGGGUAAUGAAAGAAAUAAUAGAACAGGGCAAGAAGGAAAGAGGCGAAGAAAGAAAUAAACAACAAAAAUUGAACGAAAUUAGGAAGACGAAGGAGGAGAAAGAAAGAAAAGAGGAAGAGAAAAAGAGAAUUGAAGAGACAAGAAAGAAGAAAGAAAUCAAGAAGAGAUAA